AUGGCUGAUCUCUACCCUCCGUCCUACACCAUGCGCCACAGAGACGACUCUCAGUAUUCCCAGUAUCCCCCACCUCUUCUGUCUGCUGGCUCCAGCAACAACUCUUCCGACGACAACCAUGACCAGCCUCCAAGUCCUACAAAGUCCGCUGACCACCAGAAGCCAGAGGCUAAGCCCCAGGCUACCUUUCUCACAAAACUCUACGCUCUUCUCGAACGCCCAGAAAACCACCAUAUGAUUCGCUGGGAUCCUGCAGGCGAGCAUAUCAUCGUCGAGCGUCCAGAGCAGCUCGCUCUCCAUGUCCUGCCUAGCAUUUAUCGCCAGUCGCGCUUCGCUAGUUUUUCUCGCCAGCUCAAUAUCUAUGGCUUUAUGCGCAAAGUCAACUUGCGCAAUGUCGAUCCCGCCAUUGACGAUCCAGAUGCAAGCACUUGGUCCCACCCAACUCUCAACCGCCACUCUCCUCCAGAGGUCGUUGCUAAUUUUAAGCGUCGCGUACCUCCUCGUCUUCCCAAGCCUCGAAAGCGCGAUAUCCAGGAUCAGCAAUCCAUUCCGCCGCCGCGUUCCGCAAUUGGAAUGGGCCCCGUCCCUCUCACGGUUCCUUCUUCCGUCGGUCAUCCUUCCCACAAGCUUUUGAACGGUCCGAUAGGUCGUGCCCGUGGUUUUUCAGCUCCCGGUUCAUUCACCCCUUUGAACCAGGGUGCUGCUGGCGGUGCUGCUGGUGCUGCCACAGCAGCCGGUUGGAAUAACAACUUUUCUCGUUCUGCUCUUCCUCCUCUUAUGGUUCCCUCUGACCCUCCUCACAUACCCCAGCAAAAUAAUAUGUACAAUCACUCACCUCAGCAUCUCCACCCGAUUACCCCAUCUGAUGAUACCCCAAGUCCUAAUUUUCACCAAAUAUCUAAUUAUUCUAGCUCCAAUCAGUCCCAGUACCACCACCCUUAUCAAAACGAACAUAGCAGCUGGUCCUAUCACGGCGGCUCCUCCAGCCAUAACAGCAGUCUCUCUUCGCUGCUCAAUCCCAGCAGCAACGGCUAUUCUCGCCCACAGCCGCCUACCAUCAACACAUCCUAUGGUUCGCCCUUUUCUUCCAUGCCAAUGCAAGGCGAACACAGUGCUUCUUCCCUCUCCCCCGAUAGCCGCCCCACCACUGGCUACUCCAUGUCGUCCGUUUCCUCCAUGCCAUACCAGGACGACUACUCGCGGCCCAGCUCCAGCCAUCAUAGGCCAAUUUCUCCAGCUCGGCCGACCUCCUCAAAGUCCAACUACAACAACUCGGGAUCUUUGAGCGUGCGCAGGGAGCGACGGCACAGCCAAGCCGUUAGUCCAUACCCAAGCCCCUACGAUCACCCAAAUGAGCAACAACGUCCGUCGACAUCACCGCAGCCGAUCGAUAACCAUCAAUCGGCUGGUCUUCCACGCGUGAGGAGCAUGAUCCAACUUCCUUCGGUGGAUCCAUACAGCUUCAACAGCUCUCAAGCCGAAUUUGCAUACUCGGCAAUACCGGGCGCGGUGGGGCAUACAGCGUCGAUGGAGUCCAUGAACGACGCCAACGGGUGGGCAAGCCACAGAACUGCUGUUCGACCGUCCACUUCGACAUCCUCGAUCUCUGCAGCCUCGCACACAUCGUCGUCGCAGGCUAAUACCCCCCCUGUCCCAGAUAACUACCAUGGAGAGACGGAUAUCAAUAGAUUCUCACCCGACUUCGGGUUUGUACCAAUGAACGAGCAUCUUCCUCACCACCAUUACAACAAGGUCGCGAGUGACCUAUAG